CGGCCCCGCAGCACCCCGGCCCCGCGCUGCCCCGCUCCGCCCCGCUCCGCAUGGACGGACAGCGCAUCCCGGGCGGCUCCAGCCCUGCCCGGAGCAGGAGCGCGGCGCUGAGACCGGCCCGGCUGCCCUGCGGCUUCGCCCGCGGGGGCAGCGGCCUCUUGCCGCCGGCGCCCGGGGUCCUGUCUCCGGUCACCAACCUGACCCUCAAUCUCAACAACCUGGCCGGGCUGGGAAGUCCAUAUGACACCCCAAAGAGGAAGACGCUGGGGAUCGGCUUCAGGAGCGAAUGGUCUUCGCUGUCACAGGACUCCGUCUCGUCUGAGUCGUCGCAGGACUCCGGGUGGUCCGAGUCUUUGGAUUCAGGAGUUGGGCUGGAUUCGCCUGGACAGCUGGACCCAGAACCCUUUGAAGAAGUCUUUGAGAAAGCAGUUCUGGAAUCGGGAAGAGUUGUCAAAGGCAAAAGAUUCCCCGUCCGGAGGAUCCACUCCCUGCCGGAGAGGCUCCUGGGCACCAGCCCUGCCCUGAAAAACACUUCCAACGCCAAGGAGUUCAGCAGCCCGGAGACACACGACCGGCCCUCGCGCCGGAAAGAGAACAAGGAGAAUGCAGGGUUUGUAUUUAAGAUCCCGCUGAGGCCCACCAAUCACAGCCGGCUUCACCCCUUCGAUGGGAGCAGCGAGAAGGACCCUUUUGCACAGAGACCAAACUCUGCCCCGGACCUCCUGUGUGGCACCCCCGAGAAGGAGAACAUGGGGGUGGAAGCCGAGAGCCCAGUGUGCCUGCGCCGCUCCUCCCUCACCUCCUUCGUGACCGACGAAGAGGACGAUGGGUUUAUGGAGAUCCUGGACGAGGAGGAGCUGAAGAACGAGGCGGACGUGCCUGGGAUGGAGAACCUGCUGACUGCCCCACUGGUGAAAAAGGAAGGCGCUGAUCUGAGGUCGGCGAGACCCAGCAAAUGUCGCCAGCUCUUCAGGUCCCCCUCCAUGCCCAGCAGCGUGAUCCGGCCCAUCCUGAAGCGGCUGGACAGGCCGCAGGACAAAGACACUCCGGUCAAAACCAAGAGGCGGAAGAGCGUGGCUGGCACCCCGAUCGAGGAGAAGGCGGAGGAGCCGAAAUCAAGGCUGUUGCGCUCCAGAUCCUUCUGCCAUGAUGAGAUCGAGAACAUCUUGGAUAAUGAUCACCGAGAACUCAUCGGGGACUUCUCAAAGGCGUAUCUUCUACAGACUGUGGAAGGGAGACAUCAGGACUUGAAAUACAUCUCCCCAGAAAUGAUGGUGGCCGUGCUGAACGGCCAGUUCAACAGCCUCAUUGAGAACUGUGUGAUCGUGGACUGCCGGUAUCCCUACGAAUAUGAAGGGGGUCACAUCAAGGGGGCUGUGAACCUGCCGCUGGAGCAGGACAUAGAGGACUUCCUGCUGAAGAACCCCAUCGUCCCCUUGGACGUGCAGAAGAGGGUGAUCGUGAUAUUCCACUGUGAAUUUUCUUCGGAGAGGGGUCCCAGAAUGUGCCGGUUUGUCAGGGAAAAAGAUCGGGCAUACAACGAGUACCCCAACCUGCACUAUCCUGAACUGUACAUCUUGAAAGGAGGAUACAAAGAAUUCUUCCCACAGUACCAAGCACACUGCGAGCCUCGGGACUACCGCCCCAUGCACCACGAGGACUUCAAGGAGGACCUGCGGAAGUUCCGCCAGAAGAGCCGCACGUGGGCAGGCGAGAAGAGCAAGCGGGAGCUGUACAGCCGCCUCAAGAACUUCUAA